UGGGCUGGCAUUUUUUUAGGCAUUGAUGGGUUUUUCGCAGUUUUUCCGUGCUUGACUUUGAGAUUUAAGCCCGUGUUUUGGUGGGGUUUGUAGUUCCUAGUAGUUCCGGAGAUAACGAUGUUUGAUGCUCUGGUUUUCCUUGGCUUCCUCUGAAUUUCAAAUUUCAUCUCUUCAUUAUUUGAUAUUCUCGAGUUUCAUAGACAGGGAGGGGGUUUUGCGAUUUCUAUCAGUUAUGGGGAUCACUUAGUUUGAUGCUCUGUUUUUCCUUGGCUUGCUCUGAAUUUCAAAAUCCAUCUCUUCAAGUGUAUGUUCUGCAAUCUCUGUCUGCUCUGAGAAGAUAAACGUUUGAUUCUCUUGUGUUUCUUAGAGCAGAUAAGCAUCUUGAUGAUGGGUUUCCGCAAUUUCUUUCAGUCUUGAAGAUAUCGAAGAAGUUCGAUAAGAUGCUCUGAAUCUCAGAACCCAUCUCUACCAUCUUACAUCCUGCAAUUUCUAUCAGUUUCGAAGAGAGAAGCGCUUGAUAAUCUUGAGAUUCUUAUAGAAAUUAGUCGUGAAUCUUGAGCUACUCUGUCCUUCUUCUAGAUGCCCUGAACUUCGAAACCCAUCUCUUACACCCUUUACCUCCAUCAGUUCUGAAGAAAGCCGUGUUUGAUACCCUCGCAAUACUCUGUUUUUUCUCAGAAUUUCAAAACCCAUCUCCUCAAUUUUGCAUCCGCGCCUUUGGUGAACGAUCCCCGUUUAAAAAUCUUGGCGGGUGAAACUGGUGAUGUCCCGCUCAGGAACCCACUUUCUCUUCCAAGAGAUUCUUUGCUUUUUCAGAGUAGAUUCUAAGGUUGUACUGAGGCUGGACGCGCAUGAUGAAAAAGCCUGGCAAAAGGCCAUGAAGACAGUCACAAGACUCCCAGGGAUAGAGUCGCUCACCAAAGACCCAAAGGACAGCAAACUGACAGUGAUAGGGGAUGCUGACCCAGUGGUUGUGGUGUGCAAACUGAGGAAACUGUUCUGCACAGAGGUAGUGACAAUUGGGCCUGCCAAGGAGCCCGAGAAGAAGAAGGAAGAGCCCAAAAAGGAGGAGCCCAAGAAGCCUGACAAGCCCAUUGAGGUCAAGCCCUGCCGAUGCCAUCCCUACCCUUGCCAAUGCCAUCCCUACAGUCCUUGCUUCAAUCCGUAUCCUGUCUAUUGUGCAGUGGAAAACCCAAAUCCUUGGUGGUUUUUUUGAUCCAAACCCAGCCUCACUCUUGGCCCCUUUCUUUUAUGUGUAUCAGUUUUGCCCCCUCUUUUUCAAGUCUUCUUCAUCCCAUUUCAAAUAAGUACAUGAAGUUAUGCUCUAAUUGGGGGGAUGCUGAUAUUUUCUCAAUAAUAUGAAUGUGAUGGUGAAAAUAAACUCUAAUUUAAAUUUCUAAAAUUGCCAACCUUUGUGUA